CCCACACGCUCUGCUUCCUCCCCGACUCUCAACCCGAAAGAAAGCUCAGGCCUUUCUCUUUCCCCACACACCACCCACCAGUCUCCUCCCGCCUGAACCCCCAUUAAUUCCUCGGCACCGGAGAAGAGAUCCCCCGUCCUCUGACGCCAGCGGCCAUGUCCGUCAUGCGGGUUCUUGCGCUGCUGGCGGCGGCGGCGCUGGUGGCCGCGGCGCCGGCGCGCGUGGGCGCGGCGGGGGCGUGCACGGCGGAGAAGUUCUCCAAGAACCGCGUGUACGCGGCCUGCACCGACCUGCCCACCCUGGGCGCGUCCGUGCACUGGACCUACGACCCAGCGGCGUCCUCCCUGUCCGUGGCGUUCGUCGCCGCGCCGCCCUCGGCCGGCGGCUGGGUCGCCUGGGGGCUCAACCCCACCGGCGACGGCAUGAGCGGCACGCAGGCGCUCGUCGCCUCGCCCACGGGCGGCGGCGGCGCGUACGGCGUCCAGACGUUCGACAUCCAGGGCACCUCGCUCGGAUCGCCGGGCCGCAUCGCCUACAAGACGUCCGACCUCGCCGCCGAGGUCGGCGCCGACGGCCGCGUCCAGAUGUUCGGGAAGCUCGCGCUCCAGAACGGCACCGGGGAGGUGAACCAGGUCUGGCAGGUGGGCCCAGCGUCGAGCGGGAGCAUCGGCAUACACGCCAUGGCCGCUGCCAACAUGGGGGCCAAGGGGAAGCUCAACCUCGUCACGGGGGCGACCACCGCCGUCAGCGGAGGCAGCAUCCUCAGGAAGAAAAACACCCAUGGAAUUCUGAAUGCUGUUAGCUGGGGGAUUCUUCUCCCAAUGGGAGCCAUAGUUGCUAGAUACCUCAAGACAUUCAAAUCAGCCGACCCUGCUUGGUUCUACCUUCACGUUGCUUGCCAGCUGAUUGGGUAUGCUGUGGGAGUAUCUGGCUGGGCCACCGGUAUUCAUCUAGGAAAUCUGUCCAAGGGAAUCACCUACUCGCUUCACAGGAACAUCGGGAUCGCUGUAUUUGCUCUUGGUACCGUUCAGAUCUUUGCACUGUUCCUGAGGCCGAAGAAGGAUCACAAGCUGCGCGUGUACUGGAACGUGUACCACCACUCGGUGGGCUACACCAUCAUCAUCCUGGGCAUCGUCAACAUCUUCAAGGGCAUGAGCAUCCUGGACGUGGCGCAGAAGUGGAAGACUGGGUACAUCAUCGCCAUCGGCAUCCUGGGCGGCAUCGCCGUGGUGCUGGAGGUGAUCACCUGGGGCAUCGUGCUGAAGAGGAGGAAGACGGAGGACAAGGCCUACAACGGCAGCGCCAACAACAACAACGGCCAUCUGCCGAUGUGACGCGAUGCGAUUCUUUCUCGGUGACGAGAAAUCUAUGGGUUGUGUUGAGUUGAGCUGCGUGUGUGUGAGCAUGGAUUGGCAGAUAUUUAGGUUAGGGUCGGGCCUUAGUGGUCUUCGGUCUCUCUGUUUCUUUUUGUAUGAUGAUGAUGAUUGAUAGAUGUGUGUAUAGUACUGCUGCACAUUAUAUUAAUUAUUAUACUGGAAUGAGAGAGAGGAGAUGCUGGCCGAUGGAUAGUUGGAUA